AUGCCACCGCAAAGCAGCGCCUCGCAAAGCAGUGCCUCGCAAAGCAGUGCCUCGCCUGCAAAGAAGCAGAGCAAAUGGUCUGCAGAAGAAGAUGCAUUAAUUAUCGAUCUAAGAGGCAGCGGGAUGAAAUGGGAAGACAUCUCGAAACGAUUGCCAGGACGAAGCGCCAUCAGUUGUCGACUACACUAUCAGAACUACCUGGAACGCCGAAGCGAAUGGGAUGAAGAGCGCAAGAACAAGCUCGCAAGGCUUUACGAGAGGUUUAAACAGGAGAUGUGGGCCAAAGUGGCAGAGGAUAUGGCCAUACCAUGGCGUGUGGCAGAGGCGAUGCACUGGCAGCUCGGAGAGGUCGACAUGGCGAAGAGGGCGGGAGUGACCCCCUUCUGUCUAUCCGCUGUCAACGGCGAGGGACAGGCAGGAAAGCCCAGAGCGUCCGCAAGUCGCGGUCACCACCAUUCACACUCCCACUCCCAUCCGCUUUCCCACCCGCACUCGACCUUCUCGCGCGACGUCAUGGGACACGGCACAGUGAGUCCGAAAUCGUUCACUGUGCCUUCAACACAAGCACAGCACCCCUUCACAUCGAACCCCCACCACCCAGUCCAGCCCGAGGUGUAUAUGCCGGCUCCCCCGAAGAUAACGAAACGACCCAGGAGUCCCGAACUCGUCAUGCCAGCCCCUGCGCCUCGUCGUCGCCACCAAUACCAUCAGGACCACACAGAGUACGACGACGAAGCAGCCGUCCCCAGACACAUGCCGUGAGCACAUACCUUUUCCGUGCAUGCGUCUCUGGGCAGCACAAUUAUUCGGAACUCGGGAAGAUGACUCGGCAGGAUUCCGCAAAGCUCUGUGGCCUUGGAUGUGCCCUCUACAGGAUAUGAUGCUGUUGCAGGGCUGUCCCAUCGUUUAGGUACCAUUCUGGGCCAAUGGGUAGACUCGAGUUUACUGCAAAUGGCAUACAUCAGACCCU